AUGAAUACACAACAGGAACCAAAUGGUUCCAACACAGGACCACCAACAAGUGCUAUGGACUCCCUAACCCUCGGACAGAUGAGGGCGAUGAUCCCCUCCCAGCCUAAACCCAAGCAAUGGUGGUACGACUUCAAUUACGAUGACGAAGAUACGGUCAUGAAUGAGCUGGAUGAGUUAUACUCUUAUGUUGAGAUGCCUCAGGUGGCCGAGAAUCUCAAAGCAUGGCAAGGAUACUAUGGUGAAGAAUGGACCAAGAGUAGUGCAGCAAAGCGAAGAUUACACGUUGAAUUGUUGUUGGAUGGCUUGGAACAGAAGGAUGCAGUCGUACGGUUCACUAAUUCUCGCCGAUUGUUUUAUAUCGUUCAAGGUACAUUUGCCGAGACUGUGUCUCCAGAACAUCAGCUGCACUGGAUUUUCGAGAACUGCAAGAUCGUUAGAGCUGCCAAUGGAGUGAGUUGUAUAAUCGAAGCGCUGAAGAUUGCGAGCUCCAAGCAAGAUCUGAUCGCGAGCCUCACAGAUGCUGAUAUCGCCCAGUUGAACAUAUCGCCGCAAGACAAAUCAGAUUUGCUGGAGGAGGUCUUGACAGAACUAUCAGUUUACUUUGGAAUUCUUUAUCACCUCAUUGAGAUUUUUAAAGGACAUGACGAUUUUGCGGACGAGCUAAUGAGUUUGGACCCUCCGUUACCUGUAUAUCUUUUCAAUCUGGUCGCGGCAUUAAGGGACAAGAACUCCAAGGGAUAUCCUAUCAAGAAGCUUUUGCUUCUGCUUUGGAAAUCGCUGCUCGCCUGCUUUGGUGGAAUUCGGGACUACGCAAGGGCCAAAGUACUAGCUCGUGAAUUGGCGGGGUUGCCAACGGACGGGCCCUCCUCAAAAGGUCAUCCUGUACCGUUUAUCAAAUCUUCUCCUCUAGACAUUGAGGCCUUUCGGCAAGAGACCUCUGUAAAAUACCCGACAUUCACCCCACCCAUACCGCAAACGGUGUUCAGUCAAGAACCGGAAAUGGCUUCCGUGUUCAAACACCUUUCGGGCAAUCUCAGCUCUAAACUUGCCCAAGCAUAUUCACCCAUCCCCGUUCGACAUCACUACCACCAUGACGACCUUGAAGGACAUUCUGGCCUCUCAAAUGCCGCUCCUCACCCUUUUCCGCAACCACCGGGAACAUUCAAUCGAUCGACUGUUCAACCUUCAACACCGGCACCAUCUCCUCCUCCUCCGAACGCAAAGCCAAAGAAACAACAAUAUCAGACAGACCAGGCUAGACCCUUCCUCUUCCCUUUCUCCAAGGCACAAGGAAGAGAUGCCCGACUGGUGCCUUUUGCUAUCGACGAAGCGGAGAACCUCUACAAUCGACAUAUGUAUGUAAGCCUUGCGUUAUCGCAGAUGUGGAGAACGAGAGAGGACUGCAUGACUUUUGAGAGCGGGUUGGAACGCAUGCCGGGGACAGAAAGUGAAUCAUCGACAUUCACAAGUAAGGAUGCAGAAACCGCUGAACCAUUACCCGAUCUAGCCUUGUUAGAUGCCAAGCUUGCAGAAGCGGAGGUUGCUCUAGCGAAGGCGGAAACCUCCGCAGAGAAAAGGAAGGCUAGAGAGAGGCGUGAGGAUCUUAUGCGUUUAAAGAGAGUAGAACAAACAUACAGCGCGGUGCUGCCCGUUCUGUCUAGCUGGGUUCUUGUCCUCCUAAAACUUUUGCUGGCCACUGUCUCGGCUGCGAACAGCACCAUUUCACAAGCUUCCGCGUCGCCUUUUCAACCAGGGGUCUCGUCUCCGCCGGAGCAACCCAACCUACCUCCUCCAACACUCGAAGAAACUGAUGUUACACGGCACCGUGAAAUCACCUCGAAAGCAGUUUCAGCAAUUCUGCUUGUGGUACUCAAAUGGUUCAAAGUUUCUCAUGUCAUGAAAUUCCAUCACUUGGGACAACUCCUUCUCGAUACAAAUUGCCUUUUGUUGUUGCUAAAGCUGUUCGGCCUGCAGGAUGUGUCAACGUCACUGAUAUCGAAAGCAGAUGCGCCCGACCAAAAUUUCUUCCGAUAUUGUUUCUUGAACUUUGCAAAAAAUCCUCAACACAUUCGACCAGAAGAUAAUAUGCUGAAACCGCCUCGGCACAACAUCGUGAAGACAGUGACACUUCCGAAUGGACAAGUCCACGAAGAGGAAGUGGAAAUGUUAACGGAAUUCUCAUGGAGAAACUUUUUUGCUACAAUCAAUUUCGCUAAGAUCAUGCAAAAGCUUUCGAAGAACAGGUCACAUCGAAUAUGGAUGCUGGUACAAUAUAAAAGCUCGGCUGUGUUGAAGCGCAUGUUGCGAGUGCAGCACCCGAUGUUGCAGUUACACCUUCUCAAGCUCAUCAAGAGUCAAGUUCCGUUCUGUGGUCGUAAAUGGAGGCAAAGCAAUAUGAAGGUCAUUACUGCCAUCUACCUCAGUUGUCGUCCGGAUCUCAGAGAUGAAUGGCUCACCGGAGGUGAAGUGGAUGACGUUGGCGAUGCUUCGGCCCAGGAAAUGGCAUUGCGCCACCUGGUCAAGUUCUAUAAUAACCGGCGUUAUGGAAUCAGCGCCACGAUAAACCAGCAAGGUCCGAUGCACAAGCGUUCAGGUAGCAUGUCAAACCACAUAGAAGGCCUACAUCCAGGACCAGAGCUAUCCAGUAUCAUACGGCCAUUAGGCACCCCCAACAUCGUGGAAGCGGACGUUUUCCCUCCUGCCCGGUCACAAGCACCCGAUCCGUCAAUCUUCUUACCAUACAUUCCCGAAGAUAUCAGCUUUGAAGAGGAAUAUGAGGAAUACAUUUCAGAUCUCGGUUUGUUCGAAGACUCAAAUGCAGAUCCUUCGUUAUUUGUUGGAAUGUCGGCUUGGUCCCGCUUCCCUGCACAGUUCGCCCAGGAUAUAGCGGAUGGUAUCAGCGACAGUGAAAGUAUCGUUUCCAUAGGCGACUUAGGGGACGAAGCAAGACUUGAACAUAAUCGUGAUGAUAGUGAAGUUGUCGAUGAGAAUCUGAACAAUUGGGAGCAUAUGAGCCCGAAAACGAUGGCUGCUCUUCCUAAAUCGCCAGCAGGCCGCAGAUCAAGCUCUGGAGGCGGAUUACGGCCGGUUGCGCCAUUUGGUUUAGAUGAUGGAACGGCGGUUGAUUUAGAUGACGACGAAGAACUUCCUGGUCCAGCACCUCGGGAAAAAUCUGAGCCAUUUGCCGGUGGCGCAGGCGUUGACGAAGUCGAAUAUGCUUAUGGGGUAUGA